CAACAGCGGGAUACACGGUGGCGGUCUUGGUACAGGUCGACUCAGGAACAGCACUACUGUCACCUCAGGACGAUAUUUAUGGAAUUGGCCAAAUUAUGGAGGCUAGAAUAGAGCCCCAGAAACUUGGCAUCCGUGCACAACCUCCUGCACUUAUCCUCGUUUAUUGUAACGCUGAUGGGAGGGAGAGGCAGCGCACAAUGCCAAUCAGGUUUUUGAACAAAUAUGGGACUGUGGAGAAGGUUUUAAAGGAGCUGAAGGAAAGACAUAAAGAAUACCUGGAAAAGGUUCCAGAUCUGAGACUGGAGAAGAUGCUGAGGAUUUUGCAGGAAUCCCAAAAGGGUCGAAGCAUAGAUGAGGCUGUGUCCAAUAUAAGUAAAGACUAUGAUCUGGAUCCAAAUCAGGACCUGAAUAAGUUGAAUGAUGAACAGCUGAGCAGAAAGAAGAAGAUAAUGGAUGACACUUUCCAGAAAAAUCAGUUGAAGCCAGGUGAUCCAGGCUAUGAAUAUGACAAGCAGGUAGACUUUGACACUGCAGAGAAGCUAGAAGCUGGCUGGGAUUCUUCUGAAGAGGACUUUUGGUCUUAGCACAAGCAUGUAAGUUUUUGUAGGGAGAUAAUGGGAGAUAAUUAUGCAUAUCUGAAGUUGCUUAUCACUGUAUGAUCUAUGGUGAUACUAUUUAGAAAAUGCUUAAUCCUUAUCCUCUGGAUGCCAUGGGUUCACUUUAUGGCUGACUUGGGCUUGGCUCAGGAUAGUAGGUCAUUUACUUCAUGUUAUUAUAAUAAAUGCAUUCCCUCUUAUGCUGUUCUUUAUAAACUCGCAUGUCACAUUGCCUGAGGGAGAAGGGAAUGUGUAAUGCUCUGAAUGGCUGUUGUUUUAUAUAUAGAGGGGUGAUAUUUAGCACAUAAAUCAUUUGCCUGCUGUGCCUAGAAGAUGUCAUGCACCAAAACAUUGAGCACUCUUACUGCUGAUGUAAACCUGUAAGUAACCUUCACUCUAGCUUAUGUGAUCAGAGUCCUCAUGACAGUUGCACAGAUUGUCAUAUACUGCUCUGCCAUUGUGACUAGCUUGAAGUAUUACACACAAAAGGGAAGUACUGAAGCUGUGUAAGUACCAGACUUGUAUAUAACUGCACACAAUCCCAUAUUUUAUAUAAUAAGAUUGGUGAAAAUGACAGAAAAUCCUUUUUUUUCUCCCUCAGUAAAACCACAGUUCAUCUUGUACAUGGAAUGUAACAUACCUAAUUUAUUGAAAUGGACUGUAAUGUACAUAAUCAGGCUAUUACAAUUUAGCAACAAAACUGAAUAUCAUGCUUCUCUGAAUAUGCAGAAACAUUAAAAUAAUGUUUUAGAUACAGAUGAUACAAAAAUAAAUUAUGUAAUUUUGUUUGUGUGGUGGGGCAAGUGUGAUGCACUGAAAGCAUCUGAGAUAGGCCAGUAAAGUAAGCCCAGUCAGCUGUGCACAUAUCCCUAUGAGAGGCCCAGCGAUCCCCAUAUUCUCCCAGAUGCAUUGGGUUAAACAUUUUUGUAAAAA